AUGGUAUCCCCUGUCGAGGAAAGAUGGAAGUAUGCGCAAAAAGUAGAGACAAACUUGCAGAAGCUGCUCAAGAACAAGGAAGAGUACCCUUCUUACAAUGAUAUCGAGCACCUCAUUCGAGAGUUCCGUAUUGCAUGCGAAGCCGUGAUCUUCCUCGAUUUCAAACAUGCUGUCUCCGUUAAGGUCGAACAAAGACUCUGGGAUGCCCAUGUCUUGAUCAAUAGCCGUUACCGCACGAUGCUGGAAGGUCUCCGCAAGCCAAAUAAGAAGCAACAUUCGGUUGAAAAGCGCAAUGUGGAGAAACACUAUGUGGACUUCAUCAAGACCAGUCAAUUCUUCUACAAAGGUUAUAUUCAGCGACUCGCAUCCCACUUCUCAGCCAUGGACGGUCUCCGUCGAAUUGCCCACCGCCUCUCUCUGGAAACCCUGACGGCCGACGAACGUGUCCGUGUUACACCUAAGUUGAAGGAACUGAUCGAGACAUCGUGUCACUCCUCUCUCUUGCGCUUGGGUGACUUGUCUCGUUAUCGCAAUCAAGUUAGGGUCAAGGACCGCAGCUGGGAGGCAGCCAUGGGUUAUUACACCUUAGCCAAUGAUCUCUGCCCCGACAAAGGCAGCGCCCACAACCAGAUGGCUGUUAUUGCUCUUGCUGAUGGAAACCAUUUGAACGCUGUCUAUCAUCUAUUCCGAGCUAUUGCCGUUAAGGAGGCACACCCUCUUGCUAGAGGUAAUCUAGGCAUUGAAUUCAAGAAGGUCAUUAGUGCCUGGAAGCAUAAUCGUCCUCAUGGCAAGACCGACAGUCUGUCAACUCUGAUUUCGUGGUUCGUUCUUCUUCAGGCUAGAUUUCAUGAAGGACAAGAGUUCUCUUUGCGGGAAGAACUUGAACAGGAAGUUCUAUCUCGACUGGCAUUACUUCUCAGAGAACAAUCAUUCCCAGAUGUCCUCGAAAAGAUCGUUAUUGUCAGCAUAGCUGCCCAAGCAUUUGCUGGACAGAAAGUCUCUGAACAAUCCCAGGAGUCUAGUUUGGAUCUGAAGUCUUACUACUUCUGUCUUGAAUUCAAUGUCAGAAUGAUCCUCGUGCUACUUCAAGUUCUCUCGCCAGAGUUGGAGCAGGACCUCAAUGGAGAAGAACUCCCCAAGGAGGCAACCGAGCCAAAGGCCACCAAGCCACACGGAAAUAUCACUGCCGUUGCCCGUCGAAUCUUACCUGCUCUUCGCCAAUAUAACACAUGGCUCGCUGGAGAAGCAGUUAUCCUUGCACAUGUCUUCAACCCAGAUGUGAAUUUGCACGCCAAGGAGAUGUGGAACAUGUAUGCUAUGGUUCUCACAAAGUUGGUGAACUUCUUCCCUGCUGUUGGAGAGUUGCCUACAGUCCACUAUCUUCUCGAAGAGGAUGAGAUCACUGUUGGCUUCGAACCACUCCGCAACCCUGCCGUUCCCCCAGAGUGUGAUCUCUUCACGGAUAUGGAUGGUGUACCCAAGGUACGUUCUACAGACCCCGGAGUAGAGCGUUACCAUCCCAACAUUGAGAUGCAAGCUCGGAUCCGCGAUAUCCUGCUUACAGCUGCCACCAUGGAAUCGAAGGACGAAUUCCCUCUCCGUUUGAAGGCUUUAAACGGACAUCACGUUUUCACUUAUAACGCCGAUACCACGACCCUUACUAGCCCUCGCACUAUGACUAGCCCACAACAUCCAGAAGGACCUGCAUCCACCUUUGGCUCAGCACGAACAAACGGUUCCUCUUCUAAACAAAAAUCUAGCAACAACGACUAUGAUGCUGAUCAAGAAGAGAGUACCUCGGCAGCUGACAGUAUGAAUAAUGCCCAGAGAUGGGUAGAUGAUCUUACCGAACCAACUUCCCAUGCCUCUGCUUACAAUGAAACCUCGUACGGAAUGCACAGCGGUACAGCUCAAGAUGUCUUCGCCUCUAUCAAUCCUCAUGGCUAUUCAACUCGACUUCAAAGUACCCCAAAGAUGCUACCCAGUUUGACGGGAUUGUACAAUUCGGCCUUUGCACCACAAGCGCACGAGCUUCAAGCUACGAGUCCCAACCGGCCCACCAGUGCUCGCCAGCUCUCGCCACUGUCGCUUUCUACCAAGGAGAAUCGACUUUCUGCUGCUGCAACCCUAGAACAGAUGACUGGCUAUUCUACAUUCAAGACUGGCUCUGGCUAUUGGGGACGAAAUUCUUCAAGACCAGUGUCCGGCUCUUUCCAGCAACCUGUCAACGAAAUCCUUCAAGAGUCUCUUAACCAGCCGUACAUGUCUUACUCCUCUGCGUUCGCUGAUUCUAGCAGUAUGUAUGGUAACACUCCACAGACCUAUAAUCGCCUAAAUGGAGGCUCCUUGACAGGCAAUAGUUUCCCUACUGGUAAUGGAAAUUCGACAAUCUACGGUGGUGCUAGCGAUUUCGACACAGACCUCAUGCUUCGAAGCUCGCUUGCGAAUGGCGGUCAGUCAGGUUGGACCCAAAACUUCCAAACUCCUCCUGGUGGACAAGGUGGUUGA